ACUCUACACAUUUACAAAAUGUAAAUAGCUCAAAUCAAUUGACUGUGACUUUUUACCAAAGUAAUAGUACAAACUUUUAAUGGUAGUGCAGCACACGAAUAUUUUGUGUUUCCAUGUUAUAUAAGGAUAUAAAGACUGACACCAUUAAUAGAUAGAUCAUCACAACUGCAUAGAGUGGAGAUGAAAUCAUUGAUUUUGCCUGCGGUCCUGAUAUUAAGCCGCAUUCUUAUAAGCAAAGCUCAGGAUAUCUGCGAUGACGGCUGGAUACGAUUUGAAGAUUAUUAUAGUAGCGGUGUCUGUGUACUUGUGAGGAAGGAACCAGCAGAAUGGAAGGUCGCCAUGAAAUACUGUGAAGAAAGAUUAGGAAAUCUCCUGGUCUUGGACAAUUACGGAGAAUUGAGCUACUUCGAACCCAGAGAAGACAGGACAAUAUCUUUAGGAGAAGAAAUAGUUGGAACUUAUUCCAUAGAAGAAUUUUGGUCCGGUAUGCACAUAGAUAACGGAAGACUGAUGUGGGAUGAUUAUGGACCAAAGCUCGUAGAAAAAUCGAAAUUUUUUGGCAGCCGAUUUUGGAGAUGGAGUAAUGGUCAACCCGAUCCAAUGGCGGGAAAGUGCGGGAAAGCAACAGUGACCAAGAGGCAGACGGACGGUGGAGUGACCUAUGAUUAUAACAAGGUUUCAGUCAACCUUACACGCUGCUCUACCGAACUACCAUUUGUAUGUCGAAAGGAACCGACAAGGCGGAUCGUAAAAACAGCUGCAUUUUGUCCUGAAAAUUGGCUUGGGAACCAGUAUAUACCACACUGUUACCGGAUAUACAAGGAACCAGUUACCUACGACAAGGCCAAAGCCAGAUGUCAGGAGGAAGAUAGUAGCCUGGCGCCCUCUAACUCCCUGUUUGAUUUAACCUUCGCGGAGAUUGUGUAUAUGUUUUAUCUGGAGAACGAUAAAUAUUUUGAGCUGACUAACGUAGGCAGUAUUUGGGUAAUGGAUACGAAUUCAACAAAAGCGUGUAGUGCGUUAGAUACAUCACCGUCUGAAAGAAGCGGGUCCGCAGUCACGGACACAGAUUGUCUUGCAUCUUUAUUGUUUAUGUGUGUGAAGUCGACAAAGUACGCCGGUUUUGGAUAUAUAGAGACUGAAAGUGAUUACUUUGAUCAAAAGAAAUUAUUGGAAUAUGACGCAUUCGAACCACUUCCGGUCUACGGUGUCCUCGAUCGAAAUCUUCAAGAAAACGAGGUCAUCUUCGUACGAACGCCAUCAUUCAUUCUUAAUUCAUCAAAUUCGUAUUACCAGUGGAAUUUCGACAAUACACUUUCGUGGAGGGUUCAAGAAUCGUCUAGAGUUUCGACACCAUAUUAUGUGAAUCUAACUCUUCCUUUCAACCAGAGCCCACUGCGGCGUCGGCGUGGCGUCGACGGUAAUUAUGCUUAUGGUUCCGAGAUACAUAAACGUCAGGCUGAUGAGUUUGGCACUACUCCAAAUCCGUUUGAUGAAGGUGAAGUAUUCCGAUUCAUAAAUUAUUACAACGUCCGGGAGACUACUGGAUACUACACAUUCGGAAUUUACAACACGAAUCCUCCAAGAUAUUUAGAAAGAAAACCGCAGCUGGUUCGAUAUUCCGAGAAAGAUCUUUACAUCUAUGUGGCGUACUGCGACUUUUUGGACUAUGUUGUCGGUCCUUCUUCGACAGAGCCAUUCGUUUCAACAGAAGAUAUCAAUGCUUUCAAUCUGUUACAUGACGACAGUUACAUAGGAAGUAUUCGGGAGAUGGGACUCAGUUCCGUAUUAAAUCGUUCUCCAGUUGUUCUUGGUAAUCUUGUCGCUAACUACAGUGCAAAGAUCGAAUCUUUUGAGGGUAACACGGUCAAGUUCCGGGUAUUCGUUGCUCCGUCGGCAAGUCGUCAGCAAUCAGCGGCUACCGAGCAAUUUGUAUACGACGCUGUAAAGGAGCAUUUCAGAUUGAAUCUACCGAGUGAUUACUUCAAUCUGAGAACAUUAAAAGUUAAAAGCACCGUUAUGUGUCCGUUUACACAGACGGUUAAAGAUGGGAAGAAUUUGACAUUUAAUCCAAUCAGAAUCGGCGAAACUGGUUUCAGUUGGGAAAGGUGUUAUCCACAUAACAAAGCGUUGGCAACUUCCACGUGCAGAGGAGGAUAUGAUGACGGUACAGCGUUACGGGAUAUUUCAUUGGCCGAAAAUUGUGGUAGCCCUCCUGUUUACAACAAAUCAGAAAGCACCGCUAAUUUGAAAAACCUGUCUGAGACCGAAAUAACGAAGGACAAUUUUGAGACGGUUCUAAACGACACGGCCAACCUGACUCGUCCGGGUUUAAACCUAACAGAAGCCGAUGUCAUCUAUACAGCAGAAAUAUUAUAUAAUUAUCUACAAUUCGAUAUUGUUAAUACCCCUGAGGUGAUGGCUACUGUAUUUAAAGUAGUAGACAAUGUACUGAGAUCAGGAGCUGACGUCAUCGAUACCGCCCAGAAAAUAACUAAUGCGGCCAAUAGAAUUAUUCAAUCUGUGGACGAUCUAACCAACGAGCUUGGACUAGCUGGCAAAAACUAUGUCCAGUUUAUUCAAGAUCUCGUUGCUAGCGAGGUUUGGGAACAAACUGGAGGUGAUGACGUCACCAUUGGUAUAAGUCUUAACCAAACCGGCGCUAAAGAAAUAAAGAAGGAUGCACUAAGUUCUGUUCGGGAUGCGGAAGUAGUUGAAAUUACCGGUACGGACACGGCGAUUUAUCUGACAGAAACUCUGCUGAAAGGUGGUAGAUCAAGGUUAACUUUCCACAUCUACGGUAAUACAGACUUAUUCUCUGUGAUCAGCGGUAGAUUCAAGGUGAACAGUAAAGUUGCUGCCGCUAGACUUACUAAAAACAACACAGAGGUGGUCAACCUUGGAGAUGAAUAUGUAACUGCUGUCUUUUAUCCUUUUGAGGAUAGUAAAGGUCUUGUGUGUGCCUACUGGAAUUACUCCGCUAACGAGGAUGCCGGAAGUUGGAACACGGAAGGCUGCACGCUUUUCUCGUACGAGUCAGGAAGGGUGGUGUGCAAGUGUAAUCAUCUGACGAAUUUUGCAGUGUUGAUCGAUUUGCAAGCUGGUUCUAUAUCCGACACAGACAAGCUUGUUCUGGACAUCAUAACGAAAGUAGGAUUGUGUAUUUCCAUCGUUGGACUCGGGAUAACCAUUUUGACUUUCCUGAUAUUCAAACACCUAAGAAAUGGACGCGGACAGCAAGUUCUUGUCAAUCUAAGCGUGGCUAUGCUCUGUUCGUCUAUUAUAUAUCUGGUCGGUAUUGACCGUACGGAAUCGUACGGCGGAUGCAUUGCCGUUGCAGUGCUACUCCAUUAUUUCAUCCUUGUUACAUUCAUGUGGAUGCUGGUUGAGGGUCUUUUGCAGUACUUAAGAUUUGUGAAGGUCCUUGGAACCUAUAUACCAAAAUUCAUGACCAAGUCAAUGAUACCGGCAUGGGGGAUACCACUGAUACCUGUAAUCGUUGUCCUCGCCAUAGACUACGACAUGUAUUAUGGUGGAAAUGGAUACUGCUGGUUGUCAUGGAACCCCUUCCUGUACGCAUUCAUUAUACCUAUAGCUGUGAUCGUGCUGGCAAACAUAAUUGUGUUCUUUAUGGUGAUGUGUAACUUGUGUUGUAGAAGGAAGCAUAAAGGAAUGGUUUCCAACCAGUCUGACAGAAAGAUGGCAUUUCUUCAUUUCCAGGCUGGAAUAUCUAUACUUGUUAUUCUAGGACUGACAUGGGUGUUCGGAUUCCUUACAGUAGACAGCACAAGAAUUGUGUUCCAUUACCUGUUUGCAAUCUUCAACGCUUUCCAGGGAUUCUUUAUUUUCUUAUUGUUCACUUCGAGAGAAAAACAGAUACGAAAAGCCUGGAGAAAGUUAUGUUGCAAAGCAUCACCAUAUAAGAGCACAACCAGUGGAAGCGGAACAGAUUCACACCCGAGUAAAAAGUCUGCCGAUACCACAAACAGCACUGGAUUGCUGAGCAAGUCAGGAGGCUCGAGUUCCAUCGCGACCAAUGGGGACAGGAAAAAUGGUAAUGGUUUUAACCAUUUUGAUAACCCCCAGUACGAUAACGGAAUCUGAGAGACACUGGAAAGAACAGAAGCGGAAACAUGAAUAAGACGAUGAGCGCCAUUUUAGUAGCGGAAUAUAGAUGUAGGCAUACAGACACUAAAUAGAAAAAUGGCGCGAAAAAAAUGGUAGUCGCAUAAUGGCGGAUACAAAUAGUCCUCAGUUUUUUCGCUGUGUAGAGCUAUUUUCCUCAUUUUCUUUGCAAUUUUUUUGGUAAAAUCACAUGACAGAUCUAUGCUUGACAUGAAGAUAGCAUUUUGAUCAUGAAAUAACACCAUGACAAAAUUUUUCAUGGAAACUUAGAUCAUACACCACCAGUAUAAUUUGGGGUCUCAUUUUUAAGCUGAUUUUGCAGUUUGUGUGUUUGACUGAAAUUAUUUUUCUUGCAUCAAACAUGACCCCCACUUUUCUUUUGAUUUUUAUUUAGCACUGACAAUAUUCUUCAAGAAAAUGUAGUUUACAGACAUUUAAAAUGGGUCCUGAUGUGUGCUGCGGCCAUUAGAAAUAGGUCAAUUUUAUAUAGAAUAAAGAACAACAACUAUUUAGUGUGUUAUAACCUGUAUUGUAAAUAACACCAGCACGCAUGCGCGAUGUGAGCAUAAAUCUGAUAUGCAUAUAAUGUAAAUAACAGCAGCGCGUAUGCGCGAUGUGAUCAUGGAUUAGACAUAAGCACCAUUUUAGCAAUCCCCACGCACGGGUACUAAACAGUGCCUGCGGUACUGACUGUGCCGACGAGGAUUGAAGGCACUUCGCUUCCUGUACCGCAGGUACUUCGUCAAUGUUUACAAAACGAGCGAG